GGCAGAAUACUGGUAUAAUACUGUCAUGGCGGGGAAGAGCUGUAGCAGGGGGUAAAUCAGGAAGAGAAAGCGCUGUAAGUGGGUUAACACUGAAAUUUGAACAAGUCUAGCAGUUUUUAGGAAAGGACCGAGUGGAUGACUGCUGUCCCUUCUCGAGCACCACUGUCGCUGUUGCGGUACUUGAGCCACGUUUAGGAGUUCUUGCUCAUGACAGCACUCUACCUGUCAAGCCUGCUGUGACAAUAGCAAGUUAUACUGCUGUAGCCUGGCUGGACUAGUGAAGAAAUGAAAGUCGCAAGUGCCUCUCAUAUUUUGACAGAGGGGAGGAAGGGCAAGGUCUCUGCGACUUGCCUUUAGAACCAAAUCUUUUUAAGCCGGUCCAUUUUAGUGAACGGUUUUUGAUGCAUUAUUUCAUUCGCCUCCUUAUCGAGUUUCCGACCGGGGGAGAGGAGUUCUACAUGGAAACGCAGUGACAACUCCAAUGUCGCGGUGUCAUCGGCUAGAAAUCCAAGUCUCGUGCGCCUGUGCCUUUCGCGGACUACAAAACAUACUUUGUUGACUCGAAGGCUUAUUUUGGGAACUGUUUUGAAUGGGGAGGGAAAUAUUUUCAUUGUUUACCUCCAGACUGUCGACAUAGCUGGAAAGAGGAUACCAUUGUUUUUUUUUCUUUCACCGACUUUACUGUAUCCCAUUACCGCCUUUGGGGUGAACAGGUGCCUUACCUGUUACCGCCACCUGUCCUCCUGUAGCAAUGGCUAGCGAGGAGACGCCUGGUGCUGGGCGACCAGCCGGGCAAGGUGAUGGAGCUGCGACGGUGUCGCUCAACCCUGGGAUCCCAAUCCGAGGAAUCAAAAUGAAAUUCGCUGUCCUCGCCGGCCUGGUGGAAGUUGGGGAAGUUUCCAACCGGGACAUUGUGGAGACCGUCUUCAACCUGUUGGUGGGGGGCCAGUUUGACCUGGAGAUGAACUUCAUUAUCCAGGAGAAGGACAGCAUUGUGUGCAUGGUGGAGCUGCUGGACAAGUGUGAGCCCACUUGCCAGGCGGAGGUGUGGAGUAUCUUCACGGCUAUCCUGAAGAAGAGCGUGAGGAACCUGCAGGCCUGCACCGACACGGCCCUCAUCAACCUGGUCCUGGACCGCGUGGCCCACACUGACAGCAUGAUCGCAGACCUGAUGGUGGACAUGCUAGGGGUGCUGGCCAGCUACAGCAUCACAGUCAAGGAGCUGAAGUUGUUCUUCAGCAAACUGCAAGGAGAGAAAGGCCAAUGGCCUCCCCAUGCGGUGAAGCUGCUGUCUGUCCUGAGGAGCAUGACCCACCGGAACGGACCUGACUCCUUCUUCAGCUUCCCAGGGAAGAGUGCUGCUGCUAUAGCUCUGCCCCCUAUAGCCAAAUGGCCGUACCAGAGUGGAUUCACCUUCCACACGUGGUUCCGCAUGGAUCCAAUCAACAACAUCAAUGUUGACAAGGACAAGCCUUACCUGUACUGUUUUCGCACCAACAGAGGUCUGGGAUACUCUGCACACUUUGUGGCCGGCUGUUUGAUUGUAACCUCGUUAAAGUCCAAGGGGACUUUCCAGCACUGUGUGAAAUAUGACUUCAAACCACAGAAGUGGUACAUGGUGACCAUCGUUCACGUCUACAACCGCUGGAAGAACAGUGAGAUCAGCUGCUACGUCAAUGGAGAGCUCGCCUCCUACGGAGAAAUCACCUGGUUCGUCAACACCAGCAACAUUUUCGACAAGUGUUUCCUGGGUUCGUCAGAGACGGCGGACGCCAACCGUGUGUUCUGUGGUCAGAUGGGGGCGGUGUAUCUGUUUGGCGAGGCCCUCAGUGCAGCCCAGAUCCUGGCCAUCUACCAGCUGGGGCCUGGUUACAAGGGCACGUUCAAGUACAAGGCUGAGAGUGACCUCCUGUUUGCUGAGCACCACAAGACCCUACUGUACGACGGCAAGCUGUCCUCUGGCAUCUCCUUCUCCUACAACCCCCGCGCCACCGACGCUCAGCUGUGCCUGGAGUCCUCCCCCAAGGACAACGCCUCCAUCUUCAUCCACUCGCCACAUGCACUCAUGCUGCAGGAUGUGAAGGCUGUGGUGACCCACUCGGUCCAGAGUGCCAUCCACUCCAUCGGGGGAGUGCAGGUCCUCUUCCCCCUGUUUGCACAGCUGGAUUACCUCCAGCACACCAGCGAUGAAUUGGACACCUCUGUCUGUUGCACUUUGCUGUCCUUUGUGAUGGAGAUGCUGAAGAACUCUGUGGCUAUGCAAGAGCAGGUCCUGGCCUGCAAGGGCUUCCUGGUCAUCGGUUACACCCUGGAGAAGUCUUCCAAGGUGCAUGUUACUCGGUCUGUCCUGGACAUCGUGCUGGCCUUCGCCCGUUACCUCAGCAACCUGCAGAACGGCGUCCUGCUGCUCAAGCAGCUGUGUGACCACAUCCUGUUCAACCCUGCCAUCUGGAUCCAUGCCCCUGCCAAGGUGCAGUUGGUGUUGUACACCUACCUGUCCACUGAGUUCAUCAGCACGGUGACCAUCUACAACGCCAUCCGCAGGGUGGGCACGGUACUGCAGGUCAUGCACACGCUCAAGUACUACUACUGGGUCGUCAACCCCCAGGACCGCAGCGGAGUCACGCCCAAGGGCCUCGACGGUCCGAGACCCAAUCAGAAGGAGAUCCACUCUCUCAGAGCCUUUCUGCUGCUGUUUGUGAAACAACUCAUAAUGAAGGAUUACGGAGUGAAGGAAGAUGAGCUUCAGAGUAUUCUCAACUACCUGCUCACCAUGCAUGAGGACGACAAUCUAAUGGAUGUGCUUCAGCUGCUGGUGGCUCUGAUGUCGGAGCAUCACGGCUCCAUGGUGCAGGCCUUUGAUCAGCGCAACGGAGUACGGGCCAUUUACAAGCUGCUGGCUUCCAACAGUGAAGGAAUCAGAGUUCAGGCACUCAAAGUCUUGGGCUACUUCCUCAAACACUUGCCCGCUAAGAGGAAGUCAGAGGUCAUGCUGGGUCACGGGCUCUUCUCCCUGCUCAACGAGCGACUGAUGCUCCACUCCAACCAGUUCAGCAUGACAACCUACAACGUGCUCUUCGAGAUCCUGACCGAGCAGAUCUGCACUCAAGUGAUCCAUAAACAGCAUCCGGACCCCGACUCCAAUGUGAAGAUUGUCAACCCGCAGGUCCUGAAGGUGAUCGCUGCCCUGCUGAAGAACUCUCCCCUCUCCCCAGAGAGCAUGGAGGUGCGCAGGGUCUUCCUGUCAGACAUGAUCAAACUGUUCAAUAACAGCAAAGAUAACAGGCGGAGCCUGCUGCAGUGCUCGGUGUGGCAGGAUUGGAUGCUCUCUCUGUGCUUCAUCAACCCCAAGAGCAGCGAGGAGCAAAAGGUCACUGAGAUGGUGUACGCCAUCUUCCGCAUCCUGCUCUACCACGCCAUCAAGUACGAGUGGGGCGGCUGGCGCGUGUGGGUGGACACCCUGUCCAUCACCCACUCCAAGGUGACCUUUGAGCAGCACAAGGAGAACCUGGCCCGUAUGUUCCGUCAGUACCAGAGACUGGGCUCCGAGGGCGAUGCAGCUGGUAUCCGGACCAUUUCCGGGGCCAGCCGAGACUCUGAGAUUCUGGGCCAGCUCCGGACCAACAGGGAUCAGGGGGAGGAGACUGCCCCCUCCACCGUGAUCGAGCUCACCAUUGACCCAGAGGGGGUGUCCCAGAACCAGGAGUCCCCCAACACUACCCCUCCCUCAGCAACCUCAGCAUCUGCUUCCACCCCCAGCCCUCCAGAGAGAGAAGGAGAUAGAAGUCAGAGGGGUAAACCACCCAUAACUGUGUCCAACAUGCUGGCCAGAGCUGAAGAAGAGGAGGAGGAGGAACUACAGCAGGUCCAGAAUCAGAUCUCUGAGGAUCAGAGAGGAUGUGCUGGUGACAGAGCUGAAGCUACUCCACAGGAGACUGAAGCUAAACUUACUGGGGAUAAAGUCAGCAGUAAGACUGUUGAGGCCAUGGCUGAGACUGAGACAGACACAGACAAGACUGAUGAAGCUGCAGCAGCAAGCACAGCUGAAACAGACGAAGCGACCAGGCCAGAAACUGAAGACGCGAAGGUGGCUAAGACAGAAACAAGCGCCGAUGCUAAAACAUCUGAUACCGACAAAGUAGUAAGACCUCAAACGGAUGGAGAGAAGGGGUCAGAAACGCACAGCUGCAAAGCCUCCCACGUUCUUAUGUCUGAAGAUUCCCUGAACGAACCCAAGGAACCGGAACUGGCAAAGCAACCGGAGGAACAGGUCUCCGCUUCCAUCUCGGCCUGCCAGCAGGGCAGCGUGGCGGAGGGGUCAGCGGUCGGGGCAUCUGUCCAGUCAGUCAGUGACCAGGUCCGACCCAGCUCCACCGACGACAGCAUGGAGGAAUCCUCUUUUGUCUCCGCCGCUGGUGGAGAGGACGAAGAAAAGGAGCAAGAAGAGGUGAAGACAGAGGAGGUUGUUGUUGAGGAGGAGAAGAUGGAAGAGGUUAAAGCAGAGGAGAUCAACACAGAGGGUAAAACUGAAAAGCAGAAGUUAGAGAAGAAUUUUGCCGAGGUCACAAAGUCAGCAGUGGAAAGUCAAGCGACACCACCUGCUUCUGUACCUGAGGAGAGUCGGACACAACCCCCUAAAAUGGAGGAGAUUGACCUUGACCCGUCUGCACCAGGCACCGACCCCACCAGCACAGAGCCAGCACGGCAACCUUUAGAGUCCACACCAUCGCCCCCUACAGCCCUGGAGGCCAUACUACCACCAGCAGCAGUCGGGGCCACUGUCUCUAAAUCUGACACCUCACAGGCUGUAGCACCAGCAGAGGCCCCCAGCACCAAGGCGGUCCAGCCAGAAGCCCCACAGGCCUCAGGGGCCACAGAGGCCCCCAGCAGCAGGACUGAAACCUCUCCGAAAGUAGCCACUGCUACUGCUGUGGAGGCAGGGAAAGACUGUGUUGCAGAGGGCCCUGGCUCUGCCACCAAGACCAAAGAGAUCCACAUUGCCAGGCUGGAUGUGUCCAGUGUGGCCUCAGACACAGAGAGACUGGCGCUAAAAGAGACCUCCACACCUGAAGUUCCUCAGGGCGACGCGGCUGCAGCCGGUGCCUCAGGAGGCCAGGCCAGCGAGAGCAGCUCCUCCGCUCGCUCCACCAUGUUCCGUAUUCCAGAGUUCCGUUGGUCUCACAUGCACCAGCGCCUGCUCACAGACCUGCUCUUCUCCAUCGAGACUGACGUGCAGAUGUGGAGGAGUCACUCCACUAAGACGGUGAUGGACUUUGUGAACAGCAGUGAGAAUGUGGUGUUUGUCCACAACACAGUGCACCUCAUCUCUCAGGUGGUGGACAACCUCAUCAUGUCCUGUGGAGGCAUCCUGCCCCUGCUUUCUGCUGCCACAUCCUCUUCACAUGAUCUGGAGAACAUUGAGCCGUCCCAGGGUCUGUCGGUGGAGGCCUCGGUCAGCUUCCUGCAGCGCCUCAUCAACCUGGUGGAUGUUCUGAUUUUCGCCUCCUCCCUCAACUUCACCGAGAUUGAGGCUGAGAAGAACAUGUCCUCUGGCGGUAUCCUCAGACAGAGCCUCCGUCUGGUGUGUGCCAUGGCUGUGAGGAACUGUCUGGAAUGUCAGCAGCAGUCUCACUUCAAGCCCAGCCAGGACAGCGCCCGCGGCCAGCAAGCAGUGCACAGCCUCAUGGGAAAGUCCAUCCCUGUUGAUGUUGUGACAGGUGGGAUGUCUCCCAUCAGAGACAUGGACCGUCUGCUACAGGAAAUGGACAUCAACCGCCUCAGAGCCGUGGUCUUCAGAGAUAUCGAGGACAGUAAGCAGGCUCAGUUCUUGGCCCUGGCUGUGGUUUACUUCAUCUCUGUUCUCAUGGUGUCCAAGUACCGAGACAUCCUGGAGCCCCAAAACGACAAGAAACUCCCCCAGCGCAGCCAGUCUGCCAGGAGCGCAGACAGUAAUGCUGUCUCUGGCGGUCCCGACCUGGAGAGCAGUGUGUCCCUCCGUCGCCGAGACUCUGGCAUCGGGGAUGACCAUAGCUCCGUGGCCCCCAGCAAGGCGGACACCACCACCCAGGGGCCCGACGCCGUGUCCGAGGCCCUGUCCACCCUCUCCUCAGAGGUCAGGGGUCACAGAGACAACCCCACGGCGGACGCCAGGGGCGGGAAGAACGUGAAGGACAUCCUGCGCAGCCUGGUCUCGGCGCCUGCUGAUGACAUCAUGGUGGACCCCAGCCUCCUGCCGCCGGCCUUCCUGGGAGCUGCUAUGGGAAACAACCCCAACCAGUUCAGAUCCUUUGACAGAAGCGUUCGGGUGGCGCCCAAGAAGGUGGGUGGGGCUCCGUCCCCAGGCUCCUCCACUCCUGUCCCAUCAGCCACCACUGCUGUGGGGGCCGCCGGGACACCAGUCAACAAUGUUGCCGUGGUUUCCACGGGCGAUGCUUCCCAGAGCACCACCGCUGAGGCUGCAGCCGGUGAGUCCCAGACAUUAGGAGGAUCAGCCAGCACCAACCUGCCAUCUGUCCCCACGCUGUCCCCAAUGACCCGGGACACAGCUCCCAGUAUGAGUAUCUCAGAGAGACUGGAGCAUGCUCUGGAUAAGGCUGCCCCCCUACUGAGAGAGAUCUUUGUGGACUUUGCCCCCUUCCUCUCUCGCACCCUGCUGGGUAGUCACGGACAGGAGCUCCUCAUCGAGGGCACCAGUCUGGUGUGUAUGAAAUCCAGCAGUUCGGUGGUAGAGCUGGUCAUGCUGCUCUGUUCUCAGGAGUGGCAGAACUCUAUCCAGAAGAAUGCAGGCUUGGCCUUCAUCGAGCUGGUCAACGAGGGCAGGCUACUAAGCCACACCAUGAAGGACCACCUGGUGCGGGUGGCCAAUGAGGCUGAGUUCAUCCUGAGCCGUCAGAGAGCCGAGGACAUCCACAAACACGCUGAGUUUGAGUCCCACUGUGCCCAGUACUCGGCUGAGAAGCGUGAUGAGGAGAAGAUGUGCGACCACCUGAUCCGAGCGGCCAAGUACCGCGACCACGUGACAGCCACCCAGCUCAUCCAGAAGAUCAUCAACAUCCUGACGGACAAACACGGUGCCUGGGGAAGCUCUGCCUUCAGCCGUCCUCGGGAGUUCUGGCGCCUCGACUACUGGGAGGACGACUUGAGGCGGCGCCGACGCUUCGUCAGGAACCCCUUCGGAUCCACUCACUCAAAGGCCACGCUCAAAGCUGCAGCCGAACACGCUCCGGAGGAAGAUAUCCUCAAAGGCAAACAGUCAAUCAGAAGUCACGCGAUGGGAAAUCAGAACUCUGAGAGUGAGAUAUUGUUGGAUGGCGACGAUGACACUCUAUCAUCCUUGGAGGAGAAGGAAUUGGAGAACCUAACAGGCCCUGUAAACAUGAGCACUAGCGCUCAGCUGGUCGCCCCGGCGGUGGUGGUGAAAGGAACGCUGUCCAUCACUGCAUCUGAACUCUACUUCGAGGUGGAUGAAGAUGAGGCCAGCUUUAAAACGAUCGAUCCAAAGAUCCUAACCUACACAGAGGGCCUUCAUGGUAAAUGGCUGUUCACAGAGAUCAGGGCUGUCUUCUCCAGACGUUACUUGCUACAGAACACUGCUCUGGAGAUUUUCAUGGCCAACAGAACUGCGGUCAUGUUCAACUUCCCAGAUGCAGGCACGGUCAAGAAGGUGGUCCAAUGCCUCCCUCGCGUGGGGGUGGGCACCAACUUUGGCCUCCCACAGACCAGGCGUAUCUCCCAGGCCAGCCCCAAGCAGCUCUACAAGGCCUCCAACAUGACCCAGCGCUGGCAGCGCAGAGAGAUCUCCAACUUUGAGUACCUGAUCUUCCUCAACACCAUCUCUGGUCGUACGUACAAUGACCUGAAUCAGUACCCCGUCUUCCCCUGGGUCAUCACGAACUACGACACUGAAGACCUGGACCUCACUCUGCCCAGCAACUACAGAGACCUGUCCAAGCCCAUUGGUGCCCUGAACCCCAAGAGGGCGGCGUUCUUCAACGACCGCUAUGAAUCCUGGGAGGACGACCAGGUGCCCAAGUUCCACUACGGAACCCACUACUCCACCUCCUCUUUCACCCAGAUGUGGCUGCUGCGCAUCGAACCCUUCACCACCAUGUUCCUCAACUUCCAGGGAGGGAAGUUUGACCAUGCUGACCGCACCUUCUCCUCCGUGUCCCGAGCCUGGAGGAACUGCCAGAGAGACACGUCUGAUGUCAAGGAGUUGACCCCAGAGUUCUACUACCUCCCUGAGAUGUUUGUAAACGCCAACAACUACAGCCUGGGGGUGAUGGAGGAUGGGACUGUGGUGUCUGACGUGGAGCUGCCGCCCUGGGCCAAGACCCCCGAGGAGUUUGUACGCAUCAACAGACUGGCUCUGGAGAGUGAGUUUGUGUCGUGCCAGCUGCACCAGUGGAUCGACCUGAUCUUUGGCUACAAGCAGCAGGGUCCUGAGGCCACCAGGUCUCUCAACGUCUUCUACUACCUGACCUAUGAAGGGACCAUCAACCUCAGCUCCAUCACCGACCCCAUGCUCAGAGAGGCUGUGGAGGCACAGAUCAGGAGUUUUGGACAGACCCCAUGUCAGCUGCUCAUCGAGCCACACCCACCAAGGAGCUCCGCCAUGCAGGUGUAUGUCCUCCUGCAGAGCCCGUUGAUGUUCACGGAGCAGAUGCAGCAGGAUGUCAUCAUGGUGCUGAAGUUCCCCAGCAACUCCCCCGUGGCCCACGUGGCCGCCAACACCCAGCCGGGCCUCGCCACGCCCGCCAUCAUCACCGUCACCGCCAACCGCCUCUUCGCCGUCAACAAGUGGCACGGCCUGGCCGGUCAUCAAGGCUCCUCUGUGCAGGACCAGCAGUACCAACUGCCCGUGGAAAUAGACCCCCUGAUAGCCAGUAAUGUGGGGACCCACCGUCGUCAGAUCACAGACCUUUUGGACCAGAGCAUUCACAUCCACUCUCAGUGUUUCAUCAUCACUGCAGACAACCGCUUCAUCCUGCUCUGUGGCUUCUGGGACAAGAGCUUCCGCGUCUAUUCCACUGACUCAGGGAAGCUGACCCAGAUAGUGUUUGGUCACCGUGACGUGGUGACUUGUCUGGCCAGGUCUGAGUCAUACAUCGGAGGGGACUGCUACGUCCUGUCAGGCUCCAGAGACGCCACGUUACUGCUCUGGUACUGGAACGGAAAACACAGCAGCAUCGGAGAGAACCCCGGAACUGAGUUUGUGACGCCCAGAGCCAUUCUGACGGGUCAUGACUGUGAGGUGACCUGCGCCAGUGUGUGUGCCGAGUUGGGACUGGUCAUCAGUGGCUGCAGAGAGGGCCCGUGUCUGAUCCAUUCCAUGAAUGGGGACCUGCUGCGGACCCUGGAGGGCCCGGAGGGUUGCGUGCAGCCCCGUCUCAUCCAGUCCUCUACAGAGGGCCACGCCGUAGUCUACUACAACAAGGGACACUUCUGCUUCUUCUCCAUCAACGGAAAGCUGCUGGGACACAUGGAGGUGGAGGAGAACAUCAGGGCCAUGCUGCUGAGUCGGGACGGACAGUACCUGCUGACGGGGGGAGACGGGGGAGUUCUGUCUGUCUGGCAGGUUCACAACCUCAAACAGAUGUUCACCUACCCUGGCUGUGACGCAGGCAUCCGCUCCAUGGCCAUGUCCAACGACCAAAGGUGCAUCAUAACCGGCAUGGCGUCUGGUAGUAUCGUCCUGUUCUACAACGACUUCAACAGGUGGCACCACGAGUACCAGACCAGAUACUGAGGCAGGACCACGCAACAACGAUCCCUGAGAAUCUGGUUAACGUGGGACCUACCUACUGCAAUCCUGUCGCUCGAUGUACUAAGGCACUACUCAAUACAUAUUGAUAUCCUGAAUGUAUCUUAAGAGAAGAAAAACUGUCAUUCUGUCGAAAGAAGCAAACUAUUUUUUAAAAAAGGGCAUUGCUAUAUUUUGUAGGCAUAUCGACAAUUUCAUAUAAUAUCUUAGGGUGGGGUUAUAUACCUAUGGUUACAAAUCUAUUUUUAGCUUGUUAAGAGUCUAUUUUCAUCUCAAGCAGAGGAAAAUAAGGGUUCAAAGUGGAAGUAGGUAGAAAAGUAUAUUUGCAUCUAUUGUCUUAAGAAUCCAUAUAUUUGUGUACUUAGGGGUGAGUGAUUAUUUUCAAUAGGUGUGAAACAUGGAGAUAUAAUCAUUAUUUCGGUCAUUAAUAUCCUUUUUUUCAUGCUCUUUUUGCUACUGUGUGGAAAUACAGGGAAAUAAAAUAUAAGUUUGUGUGGCGAUCGAGCGGGAAGUUCAGUAAGUCCUUUGUGUUCAUGACUUGAGAGGGAAUAUAUUCUAUUUAAAUGUUUGUACCACACCUCUGUGGAAAUGGACAGAUCUUGCCUUCCUGUGCAUGAGAUAUUCCUCUGCUGUCCUGAUGGUGGCGUACACUGCACAAAGACUUGUCACCAGUUGUCAUAUGUGUAUCAGACAGUCAUCAUAGUAACAAGAUGACUGCCGGUGUGAUUAGUUUGUAUCCGAGUGUUGUCAUGACGAUCAUUAGCUUUAUGUAUGUACUGUAACCAUACUGAUGAAUAAUAUGUCUGUCAGUAGAAACAAAUGUCAUAGGCUACGUCCUAAUUUUGUAAAAUGGCGUACUUUCCUCAUCACCUAUCAGAACUUUACAUGAAGGAGACGGGACGAGGAAAGGAAUCCAUUCCAAAUGGCCGACGUAGCCAUGAUGUGCUUCUUUGUAUAACUUAGCUUUUCCUCCUCUACUGAGGCAUUUGCAGUACUUAAGCAUAUACUGUAUCAUAUUAGCGAUCGACACAGUGCCCAAACCAUGCUAGGAUCAAUCAAAGUAUCUCAUCUUGGCAAAGAGAGGUGCAGCGAAAUGAGGGACUUGUCAGUCUGUCUUUGUGUCACGGUGAAUAUUCACUGGUUAAACCAGACCACAGACAGCCCCGGUCCUGGACAGCCAAAGGGUGUGCACUUUUUGGUUCAAGCCCAGCUUUACAAUACCCGAUUCUACCUAAUUAUGGGCCUUCAGGUCCAAACUGAAUUGAAUCAGGUGUUUUGGUGCAGGGUUGGAACACCCGAUGUGGUUCCUCCAAUACAAUGCUUGCUCAUAGAGAGAAACAUUCCGUGUUGGUUUGAUCUACGCUUGGUGUGGUUACCAUUACAAUGAAAUGGCUACUACUGUAUUUUCUAUGUAUCGCUCAAUAUUUUGUCAAUCAAUUUGGAAUGAGUGUUUUUGACGCGUGAUGAGUUCUGACAAAUAAAAUUGAAUUUUUUAACUUGA